AUGGCGACUACUGUCGCUUGCCCGUUGUGUCUUCACAGCUCGUUUUCGCAAGUAAACAAUUUCGUAACAGCAUUCCUAAAUUUCUUUGAAAGACCUUUGAAUUGCCCCAUAUGCGGUCACUUAGCUGGAAGUGCAACAGAGUUAAAAGAACACCUUAAUCAACACUUAACACCCUUAGAUGCCAAUAACGUGAAACUUGCUCUAGUUAGCCCACAGGACCCGAAAAAAUACGCCUGUAAACAAUGCGGAACUUUCGAAACGAACGACAUUGCAGUAUUGAGGUUACACGUAGAGUCGGAGCAUCCAGAAAGAAGAUUUCUGUGCGUGCAUUGCUGCAAAUUAUUUAAAGCUCAGGCUAGUCUUACAUUACAUUUGAGAAUGGCGCAUCAGACGGGAAGUUCAAUCGACCGCAAGCAUCAGUGUCAAUUUUGUCGCAAGAAGUUCGCAAGUCUGGGUCGCAAGCAGGCACAUGAGAAACUUCAUCAAUCGGAUCCAUCUGCAGUUUCAGUUAGAAGUCCAUCCGAUGCGAAAUUAGUCGAAUCUAGUGUUUCAUCACCCGUUGAAGCAGAGGAACCCAAGGCUUUGUUCGUUUGUCCGAUUUGUGACAAGACAUUCAAAAAGGAACAAUAUCUGCAGCAGCACAGUCGCACUCACGAAGCCAAAAAAUGGGAGUGUUCCGUUUGCCGAAAACUUUUCACGACCAAAGAAUAUUUACGGAAACACUCGCGACUUCACACUGGUGAGACUCCCUAUACUUGCGAUCAGUGUGGUAAAACGUUCACUUUUCAGCAGUCCUACCACAAACAUUUGCUCUACCACAGCGACGACCGACCGUACUCGUGUGAUCAAUGCAAUCGUCGUUUUAAGGAACUUUCGACGCUUCAUAAUCAUCAAAGAAUUCACACAGGCGAGAAACCCUACUCUUGCGACAUAUGCGGAAAAGCUUUUCGUCAGAGAGUUUCCUACGUUGUCCAUCGACGUAUACACACAGGAGCUUUGCCUUAUGUCUGUCUGACGUGCGGUAAAUCAUUCCGCUACAAGGUGAGUCAGAGGACUCACAAGUGCGAAGCUGGACGAGGUGUAGAAGGCACCGGUAUCAUUCGACACCGGCCUGAUUGGCUGGAACGACUAGUAACUGCUCAACAGCAACUAACAGCUCCGGAAGAAAAAAUUACUGUGGAAGUUGGGAAAUUGGAGAUUGCUCCGAAUGAGACUCCCGCCCUUGACACGAUGGACGAAGGGUCCAGCUUUUUCGAUUCAAAAACUUAUUAUGAUAACGAUUCCCUGCCCACGUUGGAUCUGUCUCAAUUAACCCUUAGUUUAGAUAGCGAUUUAAUAUUUCCCAGUUAACUAAUCAAAUACCUUUUUUUGUGUAGGUUUUCGAUUUUAGAAUCCGUGUUAAAAGAUCAACAAUAAUAUCUGCGACUUACCAGUUAA